AUCCCAAUCCCAUACCAAUGCCAUGGCUCUGGACAUGAGAGCCAAGGCUCUCAAGACGAUUGAUUGUGACUGACACAUGUAUAAAUAACUGCGAGCACUUUGUCUUGUUACAAUUUGUACAAAAACAAACGAUUGGCAGAUAAGCGUUGAAUUUGGAAAUUUCCUUUUGUCACACCAGGGAAAUUUCAACCAUUCAUCUAUCAUUGAAACAAUUGUCAAUUUUUGCCGUGCUUUUUUCAUUUUGAACCACUUUUUGGCCUUGUCAUCAUUCCGGAUCCAUGGUCAAUUUAUCGGUUGCAGAACAAGAGAACCGCAUUCAGCAGUUGAGAGAACAACUGGGAAACCAAUGGACUCAUCUAGACGAUGAAUAUUUGGUUCAGUUUCUCAUUGCCAGAAGUUGGAAUGUCGACGAGGCGAAAACACAGCUAGAAAAUACAUUCAAGUGGCGUGCCGAGAAUGGAGUGGACCACCAUCCCGUGGCCACCACUGAAAAUCAAUUACCUGUCCUUUAUUCCGUUCGAGGAUUUUCAUCCAUCCCUGACAGCAACUUGGAAGCGAGCGCCGGGGUGUCGGAAGCCGUACUCCGCAUCAAUCAGUAUAUGGGAGGCAGUUGCUUGCACAAGACCGACAUCGAUGGUUGUCCCAUUUACAUUGAAAGACUGGGCUAUCAUGCGGCCAAGGACAUUGCAAAAAAGACGACCAUCGAAGAAGUGCAGAAUUAUCAUAUUGGUUGCAAUGAAUUUUUGCACCGUGUCAUUAUGAAAGAUUGCUCCCUCACCAGCAAGAAGCGCAUCAAUCGUGAAACUGUCAUUUUUGACUGCGCAGGCAUGGGCUGGCAUCAAUUCCACAUGCCUGCUUUGCAAUACAUUCGCGCCAUUUCUGAUACAGAUCAGAAAUAUUAUCCGGAAACCCUGAACAAGCUUUUUAUCGUGAACGCUCCCUCGGCAUUUGUUUACGUAUGGAAGAUUUUCAAAGGAUGGUUGGAUCCCGGUACCAUUGAAAAGAUCCAAAUCUGCGGUUCCGAUUAUCAAACUGUCUUGUUGAAACAAAUCCCUGCAGAAAACCUGCCUGAUUUUUUGGGUGGCCAAUGCAAAUGCGAACAUAUGGCCGGUGGAUGUGUUCCUUCCCAAGGUAAGUGAUGAGAAAGACCAUUUCCCCCUCCUUGACUCACACACGUGUCGCUAGUUUUGAAAAACGUUCCACCCAUGGUACCGCAAGAACACAAUGAGAAAACCCCUAUGGCAUACAAUGACAGUGUCAUGCAGCAAGCCAAAGUCGACGAAAUCGUUCGUGGUCCUCCCUUUUAUCAUCAAUCCGUGUAGACUUAAAACCCAUCCUUUGUACAUGUUGCAUAGCGAAAAAAAAAAGCAGUAGAGAAAGAUACAUUUUAAAAAAAAG